UGGGGAGGGAGAAGGACAAGGAAGGAGGGGAAAGAAGAGAAGACAAAAGAUUCAUAAAACUAAGGCACUUCUGGACGACAGCAAAAGUUCUCGUAAAGCUGACCUCUUACAACUUGGAGGGAUGGGAAGACUUCCAGUGGUCCUGCUCCUCUGCAGUUUCCACGCGCUCACAGCUGAAGCCCAGACUGAGAACCCUGUGUCAGAUACCACCGUCUUACCAGGCAACUGUAGGCAGGAAAUGUAUCCUUGCACCAGGAUGUACUCAGUCCACCGUCCCCUGAAGAGAUGUAUUGGUGGCGUUUGCAUCUACAGCCUUCCUCGUGUCUACCUGAUCAAUAAGGAGAUCUGUAUGAGGACAGUGUGCGAUCAGGAUGAAUAUCGGAAAGCGGAACUAUGCAGAGAGCUGUCCGGAUGGCCGAGACGUAUGGAGCGAUCAACAAAUAAGAAGCUCUGUCGCAAGCGCCGUAGCAUCCAGAAAACCUGGGUACCUGAGGCCUAAUGGGUCCAGGAUAGACACAAACCAGCAGCUACAGCGUUAAAACAGCCCAUGACACCUUCCACCACUGCUUUUCUUUCCAUACUAUAAACCAUAUCCGUUUAUGUUUUAGUCCUUUUACUGUCUGUAACUUUCAAAUGUGCUCAUGUCAGUCUUCCAGUUUUAUGGUCCAUUUUAUGGUGCUGUAGAGUCAUGUCAUUGUGAAAAUCAAGACAUCCUCUGUUGUGGAUUUUACGUAUGUAAACAACCCAUUGUGCACUAUUGUAUCCAGUAAAAUAAAAGGCACUGUAUUCAGGUGUUGAUAA